GUCGACACGGUGCCAUGCAUUCCGCGUGGACGUGCAUGGCGCCCAGCAAUGCUAGUGGCCAUGUUUCCCGUCCGUUUCUCAUUAAUUGUUGAACUUUCCAGACUCAGAAAAAAUGUAGUAUCCUAACGCCACUUGUUUGGUUCUGUACAAAGUCAGUACAUGCCCAGUUAAAAAGAGAAAACUUGACGCUUGCGACAAUCUCAGUGACGACAUGGCACCUUCCCUGUCCAACAAGCAGUCAGUGAGAGAAAUAGCUGCAUCGUCCAGUCCACCAGGUUCUCAAGAUCAGUUGUCACCAUCGCUGAGACAUGGAUCCAGUCAACCAUCAUCUCAGCCCAGCCAGUUACCCUUGAAAAACUGUCAAAAGUGCUCACCAGUCAAUAAAACUAAAAAGCACAAAUCUCAGGGAAGUUUGCCAUCGUUGUCACAACUAAAGCAGUUACCGUCAGAAGAGACUCAGUCAGGAUCUUCCCCAAGAAAGCUACGUCCGGUCAAGACUCGGCCGUCGGCUCCACGAAGUUGGAAGUCGACGUCACCACCAAAAGCUUCAGCCUGCAGGCAGUCCCGACCGUCGCCCCAAUCGAGCCGGUCGCUUCCCUCCGAAGACCCCGAGCCAACUCCGCGCGUGCCGUACGCUUCAGUGGCAUUGCCGGACUUCCCUGGGUUGACCCGCCCUUCCCCGCACACGUCGGGGAUGGUCAGCUCGGUCCGGGAGCAGUCGCAGAGAAUCACGGAAGACAUCAAGACCAUCGAAGAACACUGCAGGUACUUGUAUUCGGAAGACCCUCAAUCCGAGAACAAACCCGUCCUUCCGGUCCGGUUUGCGUAUCUGGGUGAUCAGGCCAGCGAAACGUCCCUCAUCGUUGCCAUGAUCGAGUCCAUCUUAAAGAAGAUGCGGCGCGUGAUGAGGAGCGUGAUCCUACUCAGGGAGCAUCUGGUCCGCUCCGACGUCAGCGGCGCAGAUAUGAUGGAUGAAGUCCACACAGAGUACAAAAAGAACGCCCGGGGGAUGAAGAUGAUACAGGAAUGUGUACUAGGUACCCGGAGGUCCUUGGAUGAUUUCUUCGACUUCUACUCUAACAAAGACUCCAAGUGUACCUAGCCCCUUCAGGUUCUCUGGGCGCUCUGUUGGAUGCAUAACAAUGUAACAUCAAACUAUGAAGCCUGUUGCAUCCAUCAGAAUCCUGGUCAUUUUGGCUGUACACUGAAUGAUACAGCUGAGAAACUCCAAGCCUGGGAUUUUCCAUGUUCCAACUGAAAGCUGUACAGUGGACUCAUGUUAAUACAAACUCAGCUGGAGCUAGC